AUGGGCGAAUGGGAUCUUCUGGGCCGUCUGCUGGACAAAGUGCAGACGCACUCCACGCUCAUUGGAAAAGUCUGGCUCACGGUUCUCUUCGUCUUCCGCAUCCUGGUUUUGAGCACCGGCGCCGACAGGGUAUGGGGUGACGAGCAGUCGGACUUUGUGUGCAACACCCGGCAGCCGGGCUGCGAGAACGUCUGCUACGACGUCGCCUUCCCCAUCUCGCACGUCCGCUUUUGGGCCCUGCAGAUCAUCGCCGUGGCGACACCCAAGCUGCUCUACCUGGGAUACGUGCUACAUGUCAUACACGUCGAGAAAAAGUUGAAGGAACGCAUGCGCAAGCAGGCCGAGCUGGGCGACCAGGCCUUGUUGUUCCUCCAGCGCAGCUUCAAGAUGCCAAAGUAUAUCAAGAGCAGUGGAAAGGUAAAUAUUCGCGGACGCCUCCUGCGCGCCUACGUCCUCCACCUUGUGGCCAAGAUCGCCGUGGAGGUGCUAUUCAUAGUUGGUCAGUACUUCCUCUACGGCUUGACCCUGAACGCCGUCUACGUGUGCCCGCACUGGCCGUGUCCACACCAGGUGGACUGCUUCCUGUCUCGUCCCACCGAGAAGUCGCUCAUUAUCUGGUUCAUGUUGGGGGCGGCGGUCCUUUCGCUAGUCUUGUGCGUCGCCGAGCUGCUCUACCUGUGCGGCAAGGCGUUUAAAGAGUGUGUGGCUAGGCGGCGCGACUACACCGUCACGCCCGUUACGCCUGUUACGCCAGCGCCACCCGCCGGGCAGAGGAGGACAUACGUGCUGAAUGACGACAAUGUGAUGCAGAACGGCUUUAACGCCGAGCUGGAGAUAAAGGGACGCAAGUUCGGUGUUAGCGGAGCAAAUCAGCUGGCGGGAAAUAUGUUGCCGGGCAACGCUGGGGAAGUGCAUAUCUAG